AUGCUCAUUUGCAUCGGAGUCUUCCAUCCAGGAGUUCGUCAUGCAAGUGAGAAGGAUAAGGUACGGUGUUUUCCGAGUGGUGGAGACGAGACGACACCACCAAUUCACGACGUCUAUAACACCGACGUAAAACUGUUUCUCGGAACACGCGACAAUAGAGGAGUUGGCGACGUCAGCGUUCUUAUCAAUACAGGUGUGGCCAUAGAUACAGAUUCAUUAAAACAACUAACAACGCGAAUCGAACGUUUACGGUUGAAGAUAUCUGGAUACACAGCGGCCUUGAGAAUCUUCGUCGUCUACGCACCUUCGUCGAGCUAUGACGAAGAGGAAGCGUUCUAUAUGGACUUCGAGAAAUUCUGCAUAAAAGACUAUACAUUUUUUAAGGUCACCAUUGAAGGUUUUAUUGCUGAGAUUUGA